AUGGAAGGAUUUCACGGAAACGGAGCGGAUUUCGGUUCGCACUUCACUGAGUUCAAUAUGGGGCAGGAAUUCGAGAGCAACGAGUCUGGAAACAGUUCGAGUGCGAAGCUGGAGCAUGGGAGAUUCGAAGGCGCGGAGCUGGCGUCGCAUUCGGACGAGGCGCGUCUGAAAGCGGAAGAUGGUGACAAGGCGUCAGGCGCGCAACCGAAGGACGGCAAGCCUCGGACCAAGCGAACGCGGGCCACGGGCGAAGCGCUUAAUAUUCUCAAACGCGAGUUCGACGAGAACCCCAAUCCCAAUGCUCAGAACCGCAAGCGGAUCUCCGAGCUCACAGGUCUCCCGGAGAAAAAUGUACGAAUCUGGUUUCAAAAUCGGCGUGCCAAACACAGAAAGACAGACCGUCAUAACUCCAGACCGUCGGCGGUCGACAUGGGCGGUUUCGGAAACCUAUCUCCUGCGGUUGAUUUUGACCGCAUCCCGCUGGAGGCCAACUCCAGUUAUUCUUUUGUCGAUGUGAGCUCGCUCACGGUUGGCAGUUGGAAAAGGCUCAAGAGUGGGAACCUGAAGGCAGAUGGACUCCACGUUGUUCAAGAUCUCUCCAAUCUGUCUCCCAUAUCUAUCAACGAAAUGAUGGCCAAUGCAACAGAUCUAAUGGUCCUCAUCUCCAAGAAAAACUUGGAAAUUAACUAUUUUUUCAGUGCCAUUGCUAAGAACACCAAGAUCCUCUUCAGAAUUUUCUUCCCCAUCUCCUCGGUGGUAGAUUGCUCUCUGAGCGUUGAGACCGAUUCGAUUCCAAGAGACACCGAAGACCAAGAUGACAGUGACAGUUACUCCAAGAACAGAAUGUGUGAAUUGAAGCUAAAUGUAUCAAAACCCCCUAAAUUCGCAGUUUACUUCUCUGAUGUGCUAGAUCAAUUUUCCUCCAACCAAUGGUCAAUAUGUGAGGAUUUCUCCGAGGGUAGACAAGUGAGCGACGCCUUUGUGGGCGGGUCCAAUAUCCCUCACAUACUCACCGGUUUGGAAGACUCUCUCAAACUCAUGAACUCCCUCAUUUUGGAUUUCAACAGUACAAACCAGAUGAUGCCUCCCCAACAAUCACAGCCCCAACAACAAGUUCAUAUGCCUGAUUCUCAACAACCACUAAUACUCCAUCCAGAACCUCAUGCCGUUGAAACACGGUCACAACCAUUCUUUGACGAAUUUAACAGACAAGAUGAACUUUACGGGUUGAAAGAAGAAAAUGAUUCACACCCAAAUAGUACCCACUUUGUGUCGCCUGGCACUGUCCAGUCCCAUUCUUUCCCACCUCAUAAUACUUCUUCUCACGGUAGUGAUCUUGUACCGUCCAGUUUCAACGAGCCAAGUAUUCCCAGAACUCCUGAAUUUUUGAAACAUUCAACAGAACUAAGUAACGAGGAUCAAAACGGUUUGAGCAGCCUAUUAAUAUUCGAUGAUCAAAGUAAUUCUGGAACCACCAAUGCCCAAAAUUAUUUUUGA